AUGUCGCAAUCCGCGUCCGAGAAGAGACCGGGGAAAGUUUGGUACAACAGGCAUAUCUCUUUCGAUGAUUUGGCCCCGAGUCUAAUCGACGACGAGAUCAAGCUAAUCAAGGAAAACAAUAGACAUGUGGGCUUCAAUAACAAGUACAUUCACGUUCCACCGCAGUACAACCCACUGUACAAUGGUGGUGGCGGUGGCAGUGGUGGCGGUGACGGGACAAAACCAAGGCGGUCUUCCGGUUCCGCUGGUGAAUCUGUCGGGACAGGACGUAAUGCGUCCGCUCGGAACUAUCUGCUGGCGAACACUCAAUUGAUGACCGCAGCGGGACGGUCUAGGAGUGCGUCCCCCUUUGCAAGGAGGGGCAAGCCCGUCAAUGUCAGGGCGCCGACUCCGAGGUUGCCUCCCCCUCGGGGUCCGCCAGUGAUAAAGAAAACAGGCAGAGCGAUCGAUGAGCAGGACGCAAUUGCGGACGUGGACAUAUCCAACAUGGAUGACGACUUGGAGAGACGUAUAAAUCAUGACACGAAGGAGAACACGCAGUCGAAUUCGGGUUCUAAAUAUGGGUACACGCAGUCGCUCUUCUCGAACUUAAACGAGGUGGAAGAUAGAGCAGAGAACAAGAAGCGUGGAGAAUUGGUCUCUGGGGUUGCAACUGCUCAAGUGACUCCUGAUAAAUCCCGGAGGAAAUCCUUUGCAAACAUGACCAACGAGGAGCUGGCCGCCCUGGAGGACUACUACACUUCAAAGGGGAGAUCGUCCGCGACUAAAAUGGAAAACUUCGACUUCUCGGAACAAAAUACAAUAUUGUACGACUCACCAACGCAGAACAGUAGUGCCAUGGCUCUGGAGCUCUCGGAUAAGCUGGCCCCCACGUACCCGUCAAGUCCAUCGGUAACGCACAGGGCAAUCUCGCUGACGAUCCAAAAUUAUAAAUUUACUGAGUACGUCACUGGAAUACAAAAGAGAAUACCCAUCAAGGACCAAAAGGAGCGAAGGUCCUCCCUGCGGGUGGUGAACUGUUACAUAAGUGGUAGAAGGUACACCUGGUCGUCUGUAGACUGGUAUGUCGAAAACCUGGCGAAAGACGGGGACCAUUUGAUUAUAAUGACGUCGAUCCCCAACUUCGAGGACAAAAUUGACUCGAUAGUCUACAAGGAGAAAAGGCAAAAGAAGAAAGCGGAUAACUACAAGAAAAUGAUGGGUGAGACCACCGCCAACAACAUUAUCAGCACGAAACCAGACGAACAAAGAGUACUGUCCAAGGGUAUCCGUUUGCAAGCGAUCCACGAGGAGUCCAAAACGGCAGCAAAAUCCAUCCUUGAAUACUAUGCGGCAAGAUUGGAGGAUAAAAUUGUCAAAGUCACCGUGGAGCUGGUGAAAGAGGAUUCGACAAAGAAUGCCAUCACUCAGGUCGCAGCUUUAUAUAAACCGCAUUUGCAGGUCAUCAGUACCGUCAGUACAAACGUCCAAAUCAAGUUCAGAAACGGUAACGUGAAAUUACCGUUCUUCAUUACGAAACACUAUCCGAUGCCGGAGUUCAUUGUACCCUUCGAGUUCAUCGACCCUCGGAAAUUAGUCAAAGAUGACAUGGCUGUUUUCCAGCCGGUCAACAAAGACAACAGACUAGAAUGGCUGGACACUGUGAUCAAGGACACUUUGGAGAACCCAUUCAUAAAACAGCACCACUAUGAACAGCGAGCCAUGGAAUCCGACGACGAGUCUCCGAACGGUUCGAGGGAAUCGGUCGCUUCCGUCAACGAAUACUUCCCUAUCUCUCCAGAGACUCAAAAGAAGAUCCAGCUGUUUGAAGAGAUAGGGUACGUGAUCCCGAAGACAUCUAGAGAUAUCCUGAUGGAAGAUCUAAAUUUCAUGUUCGACAAGGACGGGAAACGGUUGACCCCUACGUCUACGUCACGGAGACUAUCUAGAGUUCAGAUCGGCGCCGAGAACAGCAUCUACAAGGUCAAGUCGAUGAUCGACGACAGCGCGAGCCUCGAUUCUAACUUGAGGAAGACCAAGUCAGUCACAGUGGGGCACCAAUCACACAAGUUUCAUAACUCGCUUUCUGCGACAACCUCGAACAGGACAAAGAUCUCAAGUGCCCCGCUGUCAAAGGCCAAAAGUUUGGAUGUAGCGACGCACCACUCCUCGUCUAGGGGAUCAGGGCGUCGUUUGCCUCUGUCGCCCACCUCCAGUAAGAGUCGUGUGAAGACGACCACUAAAAAGUCCGCAGAAAAGAAAUCAAAGGACAAGCCCAAGAAGAAGAAAACUGGGCUGGGGUCUAUGUUCAACAAGCUAUUCAAGUAA